UGGAACUUGGAAUCGGAGUUUGAAGGCCAGGAGUCUUUAUGUUUCAUUUUAUCUUCCUUGAAUUGGAUUUUAAAACAUGGAUAUGUAUUACUUAAUUGAAAAAAAUAAUUUUUCCAAUCUUAAAAAAUGAAAUGAUAGACUGGACCACUUAUACAUUGCUGGUGGGAAUGUAAAAUGGCACAUCCACUCUGGAAAACAUUUGAGCAGUCUCUUUAAAAACUGAACAUUUUACAUAGCACGUAAGUACCAUACGACCCAGCAAUUACAGUUCUAUACAUCCCAGAGAAAUGACUUAUGUUUACACAAAACCCUGUGACACCUAUGUGGAAACAGCAUUCCAGGCACAGAGAACAGCUAGUUCAAAAAUCCUGAAGCAGGAGCAUGCCUGGCAGGUUCAAGGAGAAUCAGUGUAGGGAGCAGAGUGAACAAGGGCUGGAGUGGUAGGUGAUGAGAGCAGAAAGGUAUCUGAUCUUGUAGAACCUUCCAGGUCCUUGUAAGGACUUGGCUUCUACUCUGAAUGAAAUAGGGACAAUUGCAUAUGUGAGUCCGACAUUUGGGAGGGAGGUCUGGGCUGGGGAUAAACUUUCAGGGGGCAUGGGCUAGGAUUUAAAGCCAUAAGAUUGGCUGAGGUCCCCCAGGGAGUUAGGGUAGGUAGAGAAGAGAAGAGAUCCAAGAACCGAGUCUUGUGUCUCUCCACCCAUUAGUUGUCCUUCCUCUUCACAUUUCCUUGGAAAAAUUUUUUUUUUUAUUUUCAGUGGAACUCUUCCUAGGAAAGACGAUAAAAAUAACUUCCACUGCUGACAUGUGCCAGAUGCCUCAUGCAUUUUAUAGGUAAAAAUGCACAAGGGCAGAGAGGUUCGGUGACUUGCCACAAGCCAGAGCUACAACAAAGCCGAGUGAGAACUACCCGUGCAAUAUUUGUUGGCUCCGUAGCCCACAUUCUUUCCACUGCUUCUUUCUGUGAUCCAGUGUGUCCAAUGCCUGGGAACAGCUCCCCACUUCUUCAGCACCUUGGAGGUCAUCUCCAUAACCCAUUGUUCUAAGCAUCCCCCAGAAAGCUUGUGAAAAAUGCAAUGUAGUAGGCUGAACAAGGGCUCCCAAAGAUAACAGGUCCCAAUCCCUGGGACCUGUGAAUGUCACCUUAUAUGGCAAAAGGAUCUUUGCAGAUGUGAUUGAGUUAAAGAUCUUGAGACAGAGAGAUUAUCCUGGAUUAUAUGGAUGAGUUGUAAAUUCAAUUGCAAGUGUCCUUAUGAGAGAGAGGCAGAGUGAGAUUUGACACACAGAGAAGAAGGGAAGGCACUGUGACCACGGAGGCAGAGCUUGGAAUAGCCUGGCCACAAGUCAAGGAAUGCCAACAGCCACAGGAAGCUGAAAGAAGCCAGGAACGGAUUCUUCUUAGGGAGAGCCUCCAGAGCGAGGGUGGCCCUGUCGACUCCUUGACUUCAGCCCUGUAAAAUGGAUUUCAGAUUUCUGGCCUCCAGAACUGCUUCUCUAUCUGAGAUGCACGAAGAGAUCCCAACGGGACCAGUCGGCGCUGUGUGCUGCAAGCUGCCUCCUGGCCAGCCUGUGUGACACUGUGGGGGCAAUUCUGGCCAGACAGCUCGCCAUCCAGGUUUUCACUGGUGCCUACCUAGCAACUGUAGACCUAGUGAACUUUAUGUUCAUUCUCUUUCCAGUCUGUGGCUCCAAAUUCAAGUCUAAUUCAGGUCUGACGAGCUCUAGAUUCCAGGAGCCACAUUGGAUCUUGGUGUCUUGCAGGUCGCGGCUCCCAGGAAAGGAAGAGGAGGCAGCGGCUCAGGGCCAGCGUAUUUGCCCUGGCCCUGCCGCUGAGCCUGGGCCCAGGCUGGACUCUCUGGGCCUCUGUCCCGAAGGCGUCGGGCACCAUCCGGGGCCCGCAGCGGAGGCUGCUGGGAAGCCUGCUGCAGGAAAAUACCGAAAUCCUUGGCUACCUUCUGGGUGGAAUCGCUGCCUUCGGCUCCUGGUCUUCCCGGAUCCCCCCACUCUCCAGAAUCAGAACAGAACCAAGACCAAGACUGGGGAGAAGGAGGGCACUUUCCAUUCAGUAAAAGGAAGAACUUUAUGGUGCCGGGGUAAGACGUUUUCCUCCAUCCACCUGUGGACCCGGUUCCUGUCGGCCCUGGCUGGCCUCAUCUAUGCCUCGGCCAUUGUGGCCCACGACCGGCGGCCUGGGUACCUGCUUCGGGCCACACCUUGGUUCCUGAUUUCCCUCGGCGGUGCAGCACUGGACCUCGCUAUCAUUUUCCUUUCCUGUGUGAUGAAGAGCAAGAUGAGCCGGGCUUUGGGAUUUGCCAGUGAAGUGAGAGAGAGCCCCGACACCCAAGCCCUUUUGACCUCUGCAGAGAAAGAUGAGGAAGAAAUCCAGGUGGCAGGAAAUGAAGACAAGAAUUUGGAUUGGGUACCUCUUACCAUGCUACCGAACUGCAAGCCAUUCAGAACGAUGGCAGCCAUCAGUUGCUACAUGGAGCUGACCAUAGAGCCCGUGCAGCAGGCAGGCUGCAGCGCCACCAGGCUGCCUGGCGACGGACAGACGGGCACCGGAGACGCGCCCCUGCGGGAGCCCCCCUCGUACCCCCUGCUGCAGGUUAUCCGGGCCCGAGUGUCUUCCAGCGGCUCCUCUGAGGUCUCCUCGGUCAACUCCGACCUGGAGCAGAAGUACUGGGAGGCCCUAAACUUGGAGCAGGUAUGGACAAUCAAGCUUUCCAUUCCAGGAGGGACUUCCCAUGGCUUGAUUCCAGUUCCUGUUUUUAUUAGACCCACUUGGAUGCCUGAGCCCAGGCCAAAUGCCUUUAAAAAAAGAAUGUGAAAACAAGAGUGGGACCCUGAAGAUAUGAACCUUGAAAGCAACAAAGACAAUGUGGAGAUGCUCAGAUCCCAGGUCCACAGAGGCUCAAUGAGGCCAGUAGACCUGACCUCUGAUAAUUAACACCUCUGGAGCC